CUCCUCCCCUACCGGAAAUCGGGGGGCGGGGCCGACCGGUCAACAUGGCGGCGGGCUCGGUGUCCUCCUCGGGCGGCGGCGCGUGGCCCGGCUCCGAGACCGGGGACUUCUUGGCCCGCUACCGGCAGGUGUCCAACAAGCUCAAGAAGCGCUUCCUGCGGAAGCCGAACGUGGCGGAGGCCGGGGAGCAGUUCGCGCAGCUGGCCCGCGAGCUGCGCGCCCAGGAGUGCCUGCCCUACGCCGCCUGGUGCCAGCUGGCCGUGGCGCGCUGCCACCAGGCGCUCUUCCACGGGCCCGGGGAAGCGCUGGCCCUCACCGAGGCCGCCCGACUCUUCCUGCGGCAGGAGUGCGACGCGCGCCAGCGCCUGGGCUGCCCCGCCGCCUACGGCGAGCCCCUGCAGGCGGCCGCCAGCGCGCUGGGCGCCGCCGUGCGCCUGCACCUCGAGCUGGGCCAGCCCGCCGCCGCCGCCGCGCUGUGCCUCGAGCUGGCCGCCGCCCUGCGCGCCCUGGGCCAGCCCGCCGCCGCGGCCGGUCACUUCCAGCGCGCCGCGCAGCUGCACCUGCCCCUGAUGCCGCUGGCCGCGCUGCAGGCGCUCGGGGACGCCGCCUCCUGCCAGCUGCUGGCGCGCGACUACACCGGCGCCCUGGCGCUCUUCACCCGGAUGCAGCGCCUGGCUCGGGAGCACGGCGGCCACCCGGUGCAGCAGCACCCCGAGCUGAUGCCGCCGCAGCCCCCGCAGCCCCUGCUGGGACCCCAGCCGAGAACCGGCUCGGCCCCGACCCUGCCCCUCCCGCUGCUCCCGGACCACGCCCCAGGUCCUGCCGCGACCUCUCCUGGCACACUGGGUGCCUUCGCAGACGUCCUUGUCAGGUGCGAGGUGUCCCGCGUGCUAUUGCUUCUGCUCCUGCAACCACCGCCCGCCAAACUGCUGCCGGAGCACGCCCAGACCCUGGAGAAGUACUCCUGGGAGGCUUUCGACGGCCACGGCCAGGAUAGCAGCGGCCAGCUCCCUGAGGAGCUGUUUUUGCUAUUGCAGUCCCUGGUCAUGGCUGCCCACGAAAAGGACACGGAAGGCAUCAGGAAGCUGCAGGUGGACAUGUGGCCGCUGCUGACUGCUGAGCAGAACCACCUCCUCCACCUCGUUCUGCAGGAAACCGUCUCCCCCUCGGGACAGGGAGUCUAAUAAGUCUGAACCGAACAGCCUUUCCUCCUGGUACCAGCUUGCUUUAUCUUUGGGGACAUGUGGUCUUGCUUCUGUCUUUUUCUCGUUUCUUUUGCCACAGUGGUAGUUCAGCUGUGUGUGCCCAGCUUGUUACUUAAAUUAGUGCCCUCCUGGUCCAUCCCUGUUCCCUCAACCGAGGUAAUUUCAUCCUUAACCUGAACGUGACAACACUGUACCAUUCUGCUUUCUUUAUGCAUUGGUCAGUUGCUGGCUA